GAUAAAUAUUUGUGGAUAAGAAUCUCCAAUGUAUGCCAUACACACGAAACCCACUAAAUUUUUCUUCACUAAUCACAUUACAUGCACAACAUACACAUUUGCACAUUCAACUAUCCCCAUAAGCUCCCUUCAACUCAGGUAGUUGUGAUAGAAUAAUCCAGGAUGAGAAUAUAGCGAGUCUUGCAGCCAGAAUUUGAUUCUGGCCAGGGUAGAAAGGUAGUUUGCUGAGGCUUACAGAAGCAGUCAAAAGAGAUUUCUGAGAAUCUGAUCAAAUCUAUUCAUUGUCAUGGAUAGCAGCCAGAAGGUAGCACUCAUGAGUUAUGAAAACGCUAAAGAUUUAUCAGUCAUUGUACUAUGAUCUUUUUAACUUUUUUAUGCGCAACAAUAUCAGAAAAUCAUAUCUUUUGUAUUUAGGCAUUUAGAUGUAAAAUGUAAUUGUCCUUAUGAUAUCGAGCAUUUAGACACAUUUGUAUUAAUAUAUUAUUCGCUCAUACAAGCUCUAAUCGUGUCUCAGUGUUGUUCAUUCUUGAAUUCUUUGAUGAUGGUUUAGAUAGUUUCAAUGAAUUUUAGAUAGACUCUGAUACCAUCUUAAAAUUUGAGUUAGGCCUAACUAAACCUCACAAAAUUGACUUGCAGUGUGAGAGAUGUGCCACACUUAUACACACUUUUUCAAGCCACAUUUCAUCCAAUGUGGGGCUUUUAGUACACAUCAGUCAUCUAUGAUAAUGAUCGGCAUCACGUUCUUUCAGGAACUUUAGGAUAAUCUCAUUCUAAAUGAUCUAAGGUUCUAGAAUAAUUUGAGAGUACAGUCAAGUGUAUAUAACAAGAUGUUAUCACCAGCUUGGUUGCAAGCUAUUUGGAAUUUCUAAUGACUGCAUAAUUAUCCACAUCUUAGGGAUGAAAAAUUCAGUUACUCUAAGUGAUGGCCUGAAAAAUUAUCUGAACUUCAAUUUGUGCAUUGGAUCCCAAUGACUGACGUGUUAAAGACAAUCAUCAUAAUGUAUUGUAACAUUUCCUAUAAUUUUCAACUUUUGGCGACUCUGAAACAGGACUUGAGGGAAUACAAGACCAAUCAGUCAAAAUCAAGUUCUACUCCAGAAGAAACGGGCAAUCCAUCCCACUGUCUAAUCUGUAGGGGGGGCAAUAGUUGUCAAACAGUUAUUUCAAGAACAAAACUGAUGAAUAGUUUGGUUGGAAAAGGAAAACCGCAAGAAGCUGCGACCAUCUUCUAUAAUUUGACCGAAGAAGGGCAUAGGCCUACUCUUAUAACAUACACAACACUUGUGGCCGCCCUAACACGUCUAAAGCGUUUCAAGUCUAUACCUUCACUCCUUUCUAAAGUUGAAGAGAAUGGAAUGAAGCCAGAUUCAAUACUUUUCAACGCCAUGAUCAAUGCUUUUUGUGAUUCUGGUAAGGUACAUGAAGCCAUGAAAAUCUUUCAGAAAAUGAAGGAAUGCGGAUGCAAACCGACAACCAGUACUUUCAAUAUUCUCAUUAAAGGAUUUGGAGUUGUUGGAAAACCUUAUGAAGCUAUGAAAUUUCUAGAGAUGAUGCGUCAGGAUGGAAAUGUGAAACCGAACGAGAGAACUUAUAAUAUUCUCAUCCAAGCAUGGUGUACCAGAAAGAAAUUGGAAGAAGCAUGGUACGUUAUGCAUAAAAUGGUGGAUUCUGGCCUGCAGCCGGACGUUGUCACAUACAACACACUGGCAAGGGCAUAUGCUCAGAAUGGCGAAACAGAUAAAGCGGAAAGGUUAAUAUUGAAAAUGCAGCAGUAUAAUAACAAGGUGAAGCCUAAUGAACGAACAUGCGGCAUCAUAAUAAGCGGUUAUUGUAAGGAAGGUAACAUGACAGAAGCCUUGACAUUUCUAUACAGAAUGAAGGAGCUUGGAGUGCAUCCGAAUCCUGUAGUUUUCAACGCCCUUAUCAAAGGAUAUUUAGACAUUAAAGACACAAAUGGAGUAGAUGAGGCAUUGACAUUGAUGGAAGAAUUCGGGAUCAAACCAGAUGUAGUGACGUAUAGCACCAUCAUGAAUGGAUGGAGUUCAUCUGGGUUUAUGGACAAUUGUGAAGAGAUAUUCGAUGAUAUGGUGAAGGCUGGGAUAGAACCUGACAUCCACGCUUAUAGCAUCCUUGCGAAAGGCUAUGUACGUGCAGGGCAGCCAGAUAAAGCUGAUGCUCUUUUGUCUUCGAUGACUAAAUAUGGUAUACAACCAAAUGUUGUGAUCUUCACUACCAUCAUUAGUGGAUGGUGUACCGCUGGCAAAAUGGACCGUGCUGUUGGACUUUACGAGAAAAUGCACGAAAUAGGAACUCCCCCGAAUUUGAAAACUUACGAAACUUUAAUAUGGGGGUAUGCAGAAGCAAAACAACCUUGGAAAGCCGAAGAGUUACUUGUUAUUAUGGAAGAAAGUGGUGUAGCUCCUGAAAUGUCCACCAUCGAGCUGGUUGCUAAUGCUUGGCGUGCAGUUGGUUUGUCAAACGAAGCCAAUAGAAUUUUAAAUGGUACAGAAGAAGAAUCUGAGACCGAUGAAAAUUUCGAUAGUGAAAAGAUACCAGGGCGGAGCUUGGAGAGAAUUUAUACAAAACAGAAACUUGGUGCUUCUCAGUCUAAUAAUCUACUGCAAAUGCCUGAUAUAGUGGUAGCUCAACCAGAAAGAACCACUAAUAAUGGUAACAUAAAAAGCCAAAUGAUAGUUAAAACAUACGACACGAUGCGAAAUGCUACCGUUUCGAUGGUUUAUGUUCGUACAAAUUCAUAUGGAGUACAGCCAUUGAUUGUAAGUAGGCAUCAAAUUCAAAAUCAGAUUAUUAGGCCUUUACUUGAUUGUGGCAGAUUAGUGUCAAUACAUUGUUGAGGUGACUUUCUGGUGUGGUUAUCUCAUUGAUUUGUGAUGAAACACAAAAUCAUAUUUGAAUAUAUUUUAUGGACUGUUGCACUUGCCAA